AUGGAUACCAACAUGGAAGACGUCAAGAUGCCCGAGCCCAUGCAGCUGUCGUCUGCCCCCACGUCUGAGCCGACCACAAUUCCCACCCUCGAUGGCUGGAUUGAGAGCCUUAUGAGCUGCAAGCAGCUGGCAGAGAGCGACGUGCAGAGACUAUGCGACAAGGCCCGCGAAGUACUCCAGGAUGAGUCGAACGUGCAGCCAGUGAAAUGUCCCGUCACAGUAUGCGGUGACAUACACGGCCAGUUUCAUGACCUGAUGGAACUUUUCAAGAUUGGUGGCCCCAACCCAGAUACAAACUAUCUCUUCAUGGGCGACUACGUCGACCGUGGCUACUUUUCCGUUGAGACUGUGACUCUCUUGGUCGCACUCAAGAUUCGGUACCCCCAGCGUAUCACCAUCCUCCGUGGUAACCACGAAUCUCGUCAAAUCACCCAAGUAUACGGCUUCUACGACGAGUGCCUCCGCAAGUACGGCAACGCCAAUGUUUGGAAAUACUUUACAGACUUGUUUGACUACCUGCCCCUCACCGCCUUGAUCGAUAACCAGAUCUUCUGUCUCCAUGGCGGUCUCUCCCCCAGUAUCGACACGCUCGACAACAUCAGGGCGCUUGACCGUAUACAAGAAGUGCCUCACGAGGGCCCAAUGUGCGAUUUGCUUUGGUCCGACCCAGACGACAGGUGCGGCUGGGGAAUAUCACCUCGUGGUGCCGGAUACACUUUUGGACAGGACAUCUCGGAGGCAUUCAAUCACAACAACGGCUUGACGCUCGUGGCACGUGCUCAUCAGCUUGUCAUGGAGGGAUACAACUGGUCGCAAGAUAGGAACGUUGUGACUAUAUUCUCAGCACCAAACUACUGUUACAGAUGCGGUAACCAGGCCGCAAUCAUGGAGAUUGACGAGCACCUGAAGUACACCUUCUUGCAGUUCGAUCCUUGCCCACGAGCGGGCGAGCCCAUGGUAUCACGAAGGACUCCAGACUACUUCCUCUAA